AAGCACCAGAAAUCAAGAACCUCUUGUUUAUUUAAAGUCUACAAUUUGGUAAGAGCUUUCUGGUUUUGUUGAGCAAUGGAGCAAGUGAUGAUGAUUUUUGUGUCUCUGGUUUUCUUUGACCUGGUCGUGUCAGCCAUUUGUGGCAACACUCUUGCACCUGCAUUGUACUUGUUUGGGGAUUCUUCCAUUGACAAUGGAAACAACAAUUUGCUGCCAACUUUAGCAAGAGCCAAUUUCUUCCCUUAUGGAAUCGAUUUCCCCCGAGGUUCCACCGGAAGGUUCACAAAUGGAAAAACUAUUGCCGAUUUUAUUGCUGAAUAUCUUGGAUUGCCAUAUCCUCCUCCAUACAUUAGUAUGGGAAGUUCAAGAUCCUUAACUGGAAUCAAUUAUGCAUCUGCUUCUUGUGGAAUUCUGCCAGAGACUGGAGCCAAUUUUGGAAGAUGUCUGAAUUUGAGGGAUCAAGUGAAUUUAUUUGAAAACACAGUUGAGAAGGAUUUAGCAGAAAUGAUAAAUAACUCAACUGAAUUAUGUGAACAUUUAUCAAAAUCUAUAUAUGUAUUCAUCAUAGGAACCAAUGACUACCUCAGUAAGUACCUUGGAACAGACAAAACUUACCAAUCUAUAUCCUUCGCUGAUCUCCUCAUUGCAACAUUAUCUGACCAAUUUAAGGUACACUAUUCAUCUACUAUUAAUUUUACGGAAAAUGAUAACAACAUUUCGACACAGCGUACGUGUCAGCAUGUGAGCAGUCCACGUUUUGAUGGGAAAAAGCUGCUGAAAUCUGAGAAAACCUGCUUCAAUUGUGACGUGGCGAGGACGGGCACGGGCAGAGUAGAAGUUGCGUUUCAAAUUUGA